UCGUCUCCCGGACGGAGUUAAGAGUGGGAGGCCCCAAGCCGUGCCACGGCGCAGUCGCGGGAUGCAGUAGCAGGGUGGAGGUGGGGGAAAAUGGCGGACGGCAAGGAAGGCGAUGUGAAACUGAAGCGGCCGCGUCUUGAUGGAGGACCUGAAGAAGAGGCAGAAAAACCUGUGAAAACUAAGACUGUUUCUUCCAGUAAUGGAGGGGAAAGCUCGAGUCGCAGCGUGGAGAAGCGGGCAGCUGAUGAAGAAGCUGAAGACUUCUCAACAAAGCCUGCUCCUGCCAAAAUGUCCAAGUUUGGAUUUGCCAUUGGCACACAGAUUUCAAAGAAACCACCUACAAUAUCCAUCAAACUUGGAGCAAAUAAGCCUAAAGAACCUACUUCAACCCUGGCUCCAAAAACGCUUUCUGUAGCAGCAGUCUUCAAUGAAGAUGAAGAUAGUGAACCUGAAGAAAUGCCUCCAGAGGCUAAAAUGCGUAUGAAGAACAUUGGAAGGGAUACUCCAACUUCAGCAGGACCAAAUUCUUUCAACAAAGGAAAGCAUGGGUUUUCUGACAACCAGAAGCUAUGGGAAAGGAACAUAAAAUCCCACCUUGGAAAUGUCCGUGAACAAGAAGACUAGCUGUGUAUUGAGAUCUGGGAGUUGGGGAGAUGCAAGGGUAUGAUAUUAAAGGAACAGUUUCCUUUUUAAAGAGUGGUAUAAGGCUAUUUUGGGUGCCACUUUUAAAUGUUCCUAGUGGUGCACAAAAAUAAGUUUAAAAGUAGAGGUAAUUUAUGUUUUGUAUACAGAUUUCAAAGCAUUUGCUAAUUUUGUAGCUUCGUGCAAUUAAUUUCACAAGGUUAUGGAAAAUAAAAGACAUUGGAAGUGGUACCUUUUUAAAGAAUUUUCCUUUUACAACUAUUCUUAUAUAAAGACAGAGAAAAGGUUACUGUCUCUUUAAUCAGUUUAAGUUAAAAGCUGCUACAUUCAUGCUUCCAGCAACUCCUCUGUAAUGAGUUAAUUGUUUGUCUUCUUAUAUAGAGGAGGAAUUCCAAUAUACAGAAAGCCUUGCUCGACUGUUUGUCAUUCUAGUCAGCAUAAAACCUGUAAAUGAGACAGUGUAAUGCAAAAGUCGUUAGGGGCAAUCCAGUGCAUGUUUAGACAAAAGUCCUACAACGCUCGGUCUACCACCCUUUUUAGGACUUCUGUUAGUGUGAACAUGCAUUGGAUUACAUGCUUCGUAUGUUUAAAUCUUGACAAACUAGGACUUUUGACUGUGGUAGCUUAGCUCUAUAAUCCUGUUUUCAAACUUUGUGUAAUCUGUUAGAAAUGGGUCUUGCGUGUGUAUAAAUAUUAGAAAAAGUCUAACAAAGAUUCAUAACAAAGGUAAAUUGUUAUUUUGACAUUUUCUUAAUUAUAAGUCUUGACCAGUACUUGUUAAUGUUUCUUUGUCAACUUGAAAGAGUCAUGCAGUUACCAACACAAAAGCAUUACCAAAAGGAUGGCUGUAACUUCUAUCAUGUUUUAGUUUGAUUUCAGUAUUUUCCAUCAUCCCUUAAGAGGAAUAGAAGCCACACUCAAAUAAACCAGUAGAUGCUUACUGAGCAGCAGAAAUUAGAAACGUGCUUCCAUAUUUUGGUGGUUUUAAACCUUACUUUAUAUAUUAGAACUUUUAAUUUUAAUUAAGGGAUACUAUCAGGUUUAAAGGUAACUAUAUAGCCCACAUUAAUACAACAAUUAAAUAGUACCUAGUAGAAUAUACAUGUAGCUUUUCAAUUUAUCUGUGGCUGAUUUACACUUUGUAUUGCUGGAACAGCAUUGAUAGGUAAUUUUUUUCUUUUAGUAGUAGUGUUUUAUAUUAGAUGCUGUUGAUUCUGUUAGCCCUAAUGUUCCUAAAACCUUAUAAAGACACUUGGGGUCUUUUCAGCGGGAUUUAUGUUAUCUAGUAACUUUGAGGAUUAGGUAGUAGCAGCUGUGACAGAUGAAGCUAGUGGAAAUAAACACUUUUGAAACUGUGGGUCUAAACAGUUGAUACUGUCUGGUAAAACUGCAGCUUUUCAACUGUAUAGUUAGAUUGUAUAUCAUGAACACACUUCAGAUCACCUACUGAUUUUUUGUCAACUUCGUUGUGCUAAAGGUGAGAGUAGUUAGUGAAAAAAAUACAUCUAAGUUUUCUUUAUAAAUUAUAGAAAAGGUUUGACCAUGUAGACCUUUGUGUUUUAAGUUUUAAACAUUUUUGUAUUUUGGUAUUUGUAUGUGAAAUUUUUGUCUGCAGUUAAAACCUGUAACUUAUAUUUUAAAAGCUUUAUUAUAAACAUAAGAAAUGUAAAAGUUAUUUCUUUCUCUAUAGCUGUAGUUCAGCUACUUGUAAAAGUUUAAGAUGUAAAAAAGUUCUUGUCUCAUCUUGUUGGCUCCUUAUCAUUGAAGCCAAUGUCAAAAAGCUCUUAACUGACCUUUCUGUAAACAGAAAGUAGCAUGUUGCAAACAAGCGUUUACAGACCUAAAAACAAAACUUCAACAUAUUAGUUAGUGCCUUCCUAAAAGUUUUGGAUAAUUAGUUGCCUGGAAUUUUUGAUCUCUGGUCACUUUCUGUUCUAUACUCAUUUUAAUGUGUGUUUAUUUUCAGUACCAUUUUUUUCUCAAAACCAUGAAAAAGUAGCUGCACCCUGUGACUCAAGCCUAAAACUGAUAAGUCCUUGAAGUUUCACGGUUGUAUUCAUAAGAAUUUUUCAAAGAAGAAAGGAAGAGUUUUGAGUAUUUCCUGGAAUUUAUUUUAAGUUAGUGAAUUAAAAGUAGGAACCAAAUUGUAUAACCUUU